CCGUUUCUAAUAGCAACAGAACAGCAAAAGGAGUUGUCAUAUCUGGUGUAGGAUAAGGGAAUCUUCCUGCUGCUAUUUAUCUUUGUGAAACGGAAUUAUAAAUUAAUAUUAUGCCAGGUCGAGGACGUGGUCGCAAGGACAGUGAAAGUGACAAUGGAACCGAUAAUCAUGAUUCCCAAGUUACCUUUGAAACACACCGAGACGAAGGGGAGCAUUUUAUUCACGUCAAACAGUACAAGAGAGCCAUUGCAAGCUUUACGAAGGCCCUUGACAUGCGCAGUGGAGACCGUGUAUGUUUAGUCCGACGUUCCAACUGUUACCUUAUGCUUGGUAAUGCAGAACAGGCCCUUGCUGAUGCUAAUGAAUGCUUGGAGCAGGAUGAUGAAGGCAAAAAAGACAUAAAGGCAUUGUGCAUGAAAGCAGAAGCACUGUAUCAGAAAGGAGAUUUCGAGACAGCUCUAGUGUAUUAUCACCGUGGUAACAAGUUGAGACCAGAGCUUCAGGAAUUUCGUCUCGGCAUCCAGAAGUCUCAAGAGGCUAUCAACAACAGUAUAGGAACCCCAGAGUCUGUAAAGCUGGAGACGACAGGAGACUUGUCAUACUUCUUCAAACAGGAGGAGGAGGAGAAGCUAAAGAAGCAGAAACAGCAGCAGCAAAGUCGUGGUUACUCCAAGCCUCAACAGAAGAAAGAGGACAAGAAAGAACGCAAACGUCCACAGAGUUCUUCCAACUCUAAAACUACCAAGGAAUUGCUAGGGGAACUGUUUGCUGAUAAAGAGUACCUUGAAAAGCUUUAUGAUGGCAUGACAACAACCAAUACAUCAAACACCACAGACUUCAUCAAGGAAAAGGCUUGUGAUGGACUUGAGUACCUUGGGGUAAGGGAAGACUUUUGGAGACAGCAGAAGCCAAUGUAUGCCAGGAAGAGAGACAAACAAAAGCAAGCCCAGGUACUUAGCAGCAGUGGCAGCAAGCUGAACAGUUCAAGUAGCACCGAUCCUAUGAAGUACAUCCUCAUCAGACUGGAACAGAUAGAUGAAGCUCACGCUGAGGGGCACUACCAAGAAAGUUUGCAGAAGUCCCAGAAAACUCUGAAACGUGUGGAGGAAUGGAGUGAGAAUGAAGUAACAAAUAAGCAGGAAGUGAUUGCAAACUUGCACAGUUGCAUGGGCAAUGCUUACCUGGAAAUGGGCAAGCAUGAUGAGGCACUUAAACAUCAUGAAAUGGAUUUAGAUAUUGGGAAAGCAGAAGACUUAGACGAAGUGAAAUCCCGUGCCCUUGAUAAUAUGGGUCGUGUCUUAGCAAGGAUGGGGAAAUAUGACAAAGCUAUAGAAGUAUGGGAAGAAAAACUACCUCUGAGUAAAACUGCCUUAGAAAAGACUUGGCUGUACCAUGAAAUAGGAAGGUGUUAUCUGGAGGUAUCAAGAUACGAGGAUGCCAGAGAUUAUGGAGAGAAAUCACUUGCAGCUGCAAGGGAAGCUGACGAUGAGGGUUGGCAACUACAUGCAUGUGUCUUGGUGGCACAGUCAGAAGUGAAAUGCAAUGAGUUGCAGGCAGCAGCUGAUUCCUUUGAGCGAGCACUAGAAAUGGCAGAGGCUCAGCAGGAUUCUGCUGCUGAGCAGGCAAUUAAGAAAGCCUUAGAAGAUGUAAAUGACAAAAUAGUGAGAGGUGUGAAGGAUGAACCAGAAGAAGAUGCAGAUGAUAAACAAAGAAAAAGCAGCCAGGAAGAGAAAACAGCAGGGGCUAGUGAGGACAUUUAUGAUGAGGACUUUGAGGAGGAUGAAGGUGAAAACAAAGAUGACAACAGUCCUAAGAUAGAGGUUGAGGCUUCCAAGGAUAGCUCGGAUCCUGAUAAAGGUACAGACAAAGAUGCUGAUGCAGAUGACAGCAAGACAACAGGGACAAAGAAAUAGAUCGUUCAUACACUGCAAGGAAGUUGAAUGUCUUACCAAGUUGGCAGCUGCAUCAUAUCACCCACCUGUAGUCCACUCCUGUUUCAAACAACAUUCUGUUCAAAAAUUCACUUCAUCUUUAAACCUUAUCAUGCAACAUAUGUCAAGUGUUUAUGUUUAAAGUAGAUUAUCAAAAUGAGGAACACAUCAUCUGCCAUUUGUCAAAUAUUACUCCAGAUUUCAAUCCAGAAAGAACAUAUGUCAGAUUCAAUUGAUCCUUCUAUCAAAGUCUAUUAAGUUAGCAAAUUCUCCACCCACAUUCAAGUGAAAGGACAUGCAUGAGUUUGGCAUUGCUGUAAUAUGUUGUCUAUCAUAUCCCUUUUGGUAGACUAGAAACGUUUAUAAAUAUCCUCUUACAAGUGUGUAAGGGACUGGUCAUUUGUUGGGAUGAGUGGAUGAGAUCAUGACAAAAAUGACAGUUCUGAAUCUUUUUUCCAAAACAAACAUAUUAUUAAUGUGAACAUUGUGUAAGACUAACAGUUGGUUAUUUGUUUUCCAUAACUAUCACAAAGAAUUUACACUACGCAUUAUUUGAACAUUCAGUACUUUUUAAUAGACUGUGGCUCGGGAGUCAAGGGCAGUUGACUUUCAGGCACACUGGAGUUCCUCUAAUAAUCAUCUAUUGACUCAGUGAAGAAUCUUGGGGGGUGUUUUGACAGUUGCUUGAAAAAGUAGAAGCAGGUUAAUGCUGUAUCUAAACCCUACUACUACCAGAUUAGGAAUCUUAUCUAGGAAUGCAUAAUUAGUUCUUAAAUCCAAUAUUAAAUAUGCUUUUUACAGCAACUAUGUGCAGUCUCUUGAAUACUGUCAAAUUGCAUGUUUUGCUCCACAAGUGUCUCUCUGAAACUUGUUGGUCUGAGAAACUGAACUUUGGCAUAUAUGUUUCUGUUUAUGCUGACAUCCUAUUUUGUUCAAAUUCAUGGGAUUUUAAUGCGACAGUUGCAAAAAUUGUAAGGCUGCAAGGUGAAAUUUUCUGUUGAGUGAAUUUAUCUGUGGUGUAUCACAACAGUGUUCAACAACAGUACACACAUUCUUGCUGAUUAAAAAUCAGGAAAAUUAAAAUUGUGAUUAAUUUGUGGUAACAGUAAUACUUUUUUUUAUCAGAAACUACUUGAUAGCAACUGACGGCAACUUUUUAGAAAUGUCUGUGUUUGUUGGCACUUAAACUUUCCAAGCAUUUCAGUGCCAUGGCGGCAUUUUAUGCUUUGUAAUAGUGCUUUACUGCUAUGAUAAGCUGAUGUGUAUAUUGUUUAUGGGACUUUUAGUUCAGAUUAUGGUGUGCUGAAGACGAAGACUACACAAGGCCAUUCCGUUUUCUUUAUAACUAUUUAUUGUUUCAGACUUUACAGCUGAAAUAAAUUUGUUUCAUA